AUGGAAUAUAAUAUUGAGGACCCUAAGAAUCCUAUCCUGACCGGCCAGUUAUGGGUUGGAGGACUUGUUCGGAAAGGAAGUUCUGUGGUUGCUGAGGCUGAAGAUGGUACAACAUACCAAGUGGAAGUCCCAGAGAUCCAGGGAAAUCAUUUGAGAGGAGGACCUCAGAUGAUACAGUUGAGUUUAGAUGGGAAGAGGCUUUAUGUUACAAACUCACUCUACAGCAAGUGGGACAACCAAUUUUAUGCUGAAAUGGUGCAGAAAGGAGGCCACAUGUUGCAGAUUGAUGUAGACACUGAGAAAGGUGGUCUUGCAUUGAACUCAAGUUUUUUCGUGGAUUUCGGAGCUGAACCUGAUGGUCCAUCCUUGGCUCAUGAGAUGAGAUAUCCUGGUGGUGACUGCACUUCAGACAUUUGGAUUUAA